AUGGAGCCGGUCGAGAGGUCCAAGAAGAGGGUGCAACCAUGGAUCAAAGCCGCCAUGCACUUCUCCCUUUGCUUCGCCGUCGGCGCACUCGCCGCCCUCGCGCCGCUGGCCGCCACCGGCGCCCCGUCGGCCGCCAACAUCCGCUCCUCGUUUCUCGGCCCGUUCAACAACGUUCAGCGAGCAGUAGCGGCGCCGGCGUCACCACCUGUCCCGGACCUCGGCCUCCUCUUGAUCGUCACGACCACGCGCCCCGACGCCGGGAUGGAGCAGGACGCCUCGCUGGCCCGGCUCGCGCACACGCUGCGGCACGUCGCGCCGCCGCUGCUCUGGAUCGUGGUGGGCGCCGAGAACAGGACGGCGACGGCGAGGGCGGUCCGGGUGCUGCGUGGCACCGGGGUCAUGUUCCGGCAGCUCACCUAUGAUGCCAGGAACUUCAUCGACGCUGACGCCGUCGACGAGGUGGAACACCAGAGGAACGUCGCGCUGAGCCACAUCGAGCGGCACCGGCUGAACGGGCUCGUUCAUUUUGCCGGCGCUUCCAGCAUCUACGACCUCCGCUUCUUUCAAGAGCUCAGGCAAAUCCGAGGUUUUGCAGCAUGGCCGGUAGCAACAAUCUCACCAGCAGAGCAGAAGAUAAGAGUAGAGGGAGCAACCUGCAACUCAUCACAAAUCAUAGGCUGGUACUCAAAGGAUUCAAGCACUAAUGGAUCACAAAGAACCUCCACCGCCGUGGGUGCCGUAGAUACCAGCGCAAGCAACAGGAACUCAAGCUCCGAACCUCUGAAAAUAAACAUCUCUGGAAUUGGGUUCAGGAGCUCAAUGCUAUGGGAUUCUGGAGGGUCAUUCAUCAGGAGAAACUCAUCAGCAGGCGCUACUCAGGAUUUCAUCCAGAUUGUACAUCAAAUGGCUAUGGAAGGCGUCACUUCUGACUGCUCCGAGUCUCAGAUAACGUUGUGGCACCUAGACAUGCCAAGAUUUACUCUAAUACCUGAAGGACAGGAGACUCAACAGCAGCAAAGUCUAGUGGUGAGAGACGAAGAUAAACCCACGACAUGA